AUGCCUGCGACAAGAAUGAGAAAGAGAAAGAUCGAAGGAAUGCCUCCUCCUACAACUCCAUCUAGAAAUAUUGAUGUGGUCAUCCGUGAUGAGCACGACCUUAGUGUUAUCCGUGUUCGUGCGGCAUUGUAUGAUGGGAAUAAUGAUCAAUCAAAAUCCUUUCGAAGUUAUACUCGAGUGUACAAUGCAGCCAAUGCUUUUACGAGUCUUGGUGGUACAUUGGAUCCUAGAGUACUCAGUGGAAGGGGCCCUACAUCAUUCACAAUUCAUGCGGAAUUGCGACAUCGAACAGGAUCACUACAAUCACAACCAGGGCAGGAUGCGAGUUAUGCUCAAUUGUAUAUCUAUGACCCUUAUUCAGAUUUAGAAAUUCGUAAUCGUAGAAAUCCUAACUUGAGAAGGGAUGUUCUCAAAACUAUUCAGGAUAGUUUGUUGCAAGUCAAUGCAUUUGUAGAUAAAUAUCGCCAGGCUCAUGCCAUUUUACAUCAAUUAGACUCGGCAGGACACAAUCUACCUGCUCAUCUUCAUUACAGUUCAACAACUGAUCGACGUCGGUAUAACCUACCAACUACAGAUGAGAUUGCAAUUGUAAUACCAGAGUAUUCAACAAUUUUGAGAGAUGGGAAACCAUUUCAAGAGUUUUUGGUAGAUGCUUGGGCUACAACUGAGCAAAAUCGAUUGAAAUACUACAAGCUUAAUCAAGGAAAACUUCGGGUUGAGCUUUACCAAGAGUUGUCAGAUAUGGAUCCAGAUUAUGUGCGAACUGGACAAAUUGAAUUUCCAGACCCAAAAGAUGAUCCUAUGCUUUUUGAAACUAUCAAAUGUUGUAUGGUACAUGGACCAUGUGGUGCUCGAAAUCCGCAAGCACCAUGUAUGGAAAAUGGUAGAUGUACUAAGAGAUACCUCCAAGCUUUCACAGAAACAACAACUAUGGAUCAAGAUGGAUACCCUACCUAUCGUCGUCGCAAUAAUGGUCAAGUACAUACUGUGAGGGGACAAGAAGUUGAUAACAGGGAUGUCGUACCAUACAACGUAUAUCUUUCAAAACUUUUCAACUGUCAUAUAAAUGUGGAAGUUUGUGCCGGAAUGAGAUGUGUCAAGUGUAUACAUAAGUACAUUUAUAAGGGUUAUGAUCGUACAACGAUAGUAUUAGGAAUGAUAAAUGAGAUUCAACAAUAUCUCGAUGCAAGGUAUAUUGGACCUCCAGAAGCUGCUUGGCAAAUAUUUGGUCAUCCUUUGCAUGCAGAGAUGCCAACAGUUGUACAAUUGUCACUUCAUUUACCUGGAAUGCAUCGCGUUGUUUUUAACCCAGAAGAGUCAUUACAAACGAUUCAAUCUAGAGCUGGUCAACAAAUGUCAACUCUUUCUGGCUUCUUUGCAUAUUGUGCUGCCAGUGAAGAUGAAUGUCCAUUUACUUAUCAAGAAUUUCCAUAA